ACCAUCGCGCCACUCGGCCGGCCCCCCAAGUGUUUCAAUUUUGCUGUGUCAUCGAAUUACUUAUAGAAGGAUCUACUAAUAAAAUUAUAUCUUCCUUUUUAAGUGACUAGAAAAAUUUAAAUAAUUGUUAAUAAGUUACAUAGAUUUUCUAAAACCAUCAAUUAAUGAUAUAAUUACAGUCCAGUUUUUCUAUCGUUAAAUUAUGGAAAAUCAUAUAUAUACUUGAUAAAUUAAACAAAUGGAAACUACUUCUGUCAUUUUUGUCACAUAUGUUAUAAUAGAGCAUUAAAUUGGGAUGACCUUUAUUUAGCAAAGGAGCAUACACUGCAAAGCAAAAUUUAAACAAAAAGUCGGAUAUGAACAUGAAAUCUACUUCUAAGUAAAUACAAAUCUAAUAACCAUUCUUUGCACAGCUAUGAAAACUCACUUGGAGACCAUGCACUCUAGUUUGUAAAAAUGGUUGCUAUGUUUUAUCCAAAAGCCCUCAUCACUGACAUAUCAGGCAGACUUUUCUUAAAUAUGGAGAUAGAUUUUUAAAUAAUUAGCUUCAUCACCAUGAUCUUCUGGCUUACUCAUUAAUUUAGCAAAUAUUUAGUGGGAACACACUAUGUGCCAGGCAUUUCUCUGUGUUCUAGGUGCUCAUGAUACUACGGUGAUCAAUGCAGACAAACUGUUGGUCAUUAGAGCUUACAUUUCAAUGUUUAGGUAUUUUCUCAGUGGGGAGAAUGAAAUGAAAUGGUAAAGUAAAUUGAAGCAGUGCUAUUAUAGAAUGCCAUGAGUGUCAUUUUUUGUUAGUUGGGAUUGAAGUGAAUUUGGAAUUUUCUAUUUUUGUCGUUCUUGGGGAAUUUGAAAAUGGAGUGCAUAUGGAAAGUGGAAGGCAUAAAAAAACCCUACAUAUCCAGUACUAAUUAGCAUUUUCAGAAUGUAAGAAGACACUCUUAAAGCUUCAAGUAAAACAAUUGGAUGGGUGUUAAGGGAUUUCCCAAUAAUUGGAGGGGAGGGAGUUGGCAUACUUAUUCAACUCUUCUUUCUUCUGCUGGGAUAUCCCAAUCUAUAGUUAACCAGAUGUCGUAGUUUUUAUAUUCAUCAAUUCUAAAAACUCUAAGAAUGGCUGCCCUUCUCACUCAACAUAGACUCACCCAUUCUCAUUCUGUCACAGAACGAGUCCUGUCAUUUUCACAGAUUCUCUCCCUUCCACAUCUUCACUUGCAUACACUUCGACAGGUUCCCCUUCACCCUGGCCGCCUUUCAAGUGGAGCUUCCUUAAAUAUGGCACUUUCCCCUUAAAGCUCAGCCAGUAGAUGUCUCCAUUCCUUCCCCAUCGCUAAGACCUCUGAAAGUAGGUUUUAAUCAUUUCUUUAACCGACAACGAGGAGGAUUUGAUGAUUGGCCAAAAAUGAGCAGAUGCUUGGGAGGACACAUCUCCAGCCUACGUCCCACCCUUCCGAUUUAAGUCAGAAAUGAAAACUCCUUGCUCCCUCUUUUCCAGGCAAAAGUGUUCAGCAUGAUUGAAUUAAGCACGCAAGCCGCCAACACCCUCCUCUUCAGUACGUUCAAGUUUCUUAAGCUCUGAGCCACAAAAGCUCUGCUUCUUCCCUCACUCCUGCCCACCCCAUCCCACCCCCUCAGGUUUCCGAGUCAUCAGGGAACGCGAGUGGGUGAAAGGAGUCGGAGCUGCUGCAUCCCGCUUCACCGCCUCCUCCUGCGCCUCCUCCUGCUGCCUCGGGUUCAGCACUGGACAGCUCCCGCCCCAUUCCCAACAAAUGGCAGUCGGCUGAUUGACAGAAGAGCCGACCAAACAGGGAACAAGACGACUUGAAGCCGCCCUACAAGGGUUUGGUUGCGGUCAGGCUGCCUCUUUAAACCGGCUUCCCUCCCGAGAGCAGGGAGAGGCAGGCGUGUGGUUUGUGGCCAAAUCUAAGGCGCUAGUUAACCAGCUGCCUGGCCCUCUCGACUCCAGAGACGUUGCAACGUCUGAAAAGAAAUAUCCGCUCUUUGGGACUGGCUGCGGGGCUCGCGGGGCCGGUCUGUGCGCGCGCGCUCCCCGCCUCCGGGCGAAGCGAAUGAGGAGGAGCCAGAUUCGGGAGGCGGGAACGACCUGCCACGGGUGAGAUGAUGGAGCAGCGUCUUCCGCGGCCGCGGCGGCAGCAGCAGCAGCAGCAGCCCCUGAGCACACCUCAAUGAGAGCAGCGGUGGAAGCUGCCGAGCAGAAAGACGUAAGCGAGCUAACUAUAGCUGCCGGGAGCCAGAAGGGAGGUAACCUGUUCUGCUCAAGGCUGUGAGGUGCGUAAUCCCUAGCCGACCCACCGUGGAGCGGCUUGUAGCCAGUGUUGCCACAGGUGAUCCGAUUUCCUGUGACGGUACCUUAGCUCGUGGGCUGAUUUUGAGACAGUCUUAUUUUAAAGUCCUUUUCGACUGGGUGCCAUCUGGAGAAGAGGGAAGUCUCCAAGUAAAAGUCGUACUGCUGUAAAUUGACGACCGAAAUUUAAAAAGUGACCCCUCCCCGUUACCUCUUCUCUCUGCGAGGCGGAUGGGAGCCAUGGCUUAUCUCUUACUCUUCUGCUUCCUGCUCGCUCAUCUGGGACUGGGGGCCGUUGGCGCCAGCCGCGAUCCUGCGGGACGGCAGGGUUCCCCUCGAGAGAGGACCCUGAGGGCGAAGCAGCACGCCCAGCAGCCCGCCCGAGCCUCCGCCUCGGACCCCUCGGCUCCCAGGAGCCGCUCCACCGACGGCACCAUCUUGGCGCAGAAACUCGCCGAGGAGGUGCCCAUGGACGUGGCCUCUUACCUCCACACCGGGGAUUCCCACCAGCUGAAGCUAGCUAACUGCUCGAGCCGCUAUGAGUUGGCGGGCCUGCCAGGGAAGUCGCUAGCCCUAGCCAGCUCCCAUCCCUCCUUGCACGGGGCGCUGGACACGCUGACACACGCAACCAACUUCCUCAACAUGAUGCUGCAGAGCAAUAAGUCGCGGGAGCAGAACUUGCAGGACGACCUGGAGUGGUACCAGGCACUGGUGCGGAGUCUCCUGGAGGGCGAGCCCAGCAUCUCCCGGGCGGCCAUCACCUUCAGCACCGAGUCGCUGUCCGCGUCGGCCCCGCAGGUCUUCCUCCAGGCCACGCGCGAGGAGAGUCGUAUCCUGCUCCAGGACCUGUCCUCCUCCGCACACCAGUUGGCCAACGCCACUCUCGAGACUGAGUGGUUUCAUGGCCUCCGGCGCAAGUGGAGGACCCAUGUACAUCGCCGUGGCUCCAAUCAGGGGCCCCGGGGCCUGGGCCAUAGCUGGCGGCGCAGAGACGGGCUUGGCGGGGACAAGAGCCAUGUCAAGUGGUCUCCGCCUUAUCUGGAGUGCGAGAACGGGAGUUACAAGCCCGGGUGGCUGGUCACUCUCUCCGCUGCUUUCUACGGGUUGCAGCCUAACUUGGUCCCGGAAUUCAGGGGUGUCAUGAAAGUUGACAUAAAUCUUCAGAAAGUGGACAUUGACCAGUGUUCGAGUGAUGGCUGGUUUUCAGGAACUCACAAAUGUCACCUUAACAAUUCAGAGUGUAUGCCAAUUAAAGGUCUAGGAUUUGUGCUUGGAGCUUAUCAGUGCAUUUGCAAAGCAGGAUUCUAUCACCCUCAAGUCUUCUCAGUGAACAACUCUCAGAGAAGGGGUCUGGAUCACCAUUUUGCAGGAAAUGCAAAAGAUGUGUCGGAAGAAGCCCAUGUCUGCCUACCGUGCAGGGAGGGCUGCCCCUACUGUGCUGAUGACAGCCCCUGCUUUGUCCAGGAGGAUAAGUAUUUGCGACUUGCCAUCAUCUCCUUCCAAGCCCUGUGUAUGCUGCUGGACUUCGUUAGCAUGCUGGUGGUCUACCACUUCCGCAAAGCAAAGAGCAUCAGGGCAUCGGGCCUUAUCCUGUUGGAAACGAUCCUUUUUGGGUCUCUGCUUCUAUACUUUCCAGUUGUUAUUUUGUACUUCAAGCCAAGCAUAUUUCGCUGUAUUCUCCUAAGAUGGGUCCGUCUUCUCGGUUUUGCUACUGUUUAUGGAACUGUCACCCUUAAGCUUCACAGGGUUUUGAAAGUGUUUCUUUCACGAACAGCCCAACGGAUUCCAUACAUGACUGGUGGACGGGUCAUGAGGAUGCUGGCCGUAAUACUCCUGGUAGUAUUUUGGUUUCUCGUUGGCUGGACUUCAUCUGUUUGCCAGAAUUUGGAGAGGCGUAUUUCACUUAUUGGCCAAGGGCAAACAUCUGAUCACCUCAUCUUCAAUAUGUGCCUCACUGAGCGCUGGGAUUACAUGACAGCUGUUGCUGAAUUUUUAUUCCUCUUGUGGGGUGUUUAUCUCUGCUAUGCAGUGCGGACAGUCCCAUCAGCAUUUCAUGAGCCACGCUACAUGGCUGUUGCAGUUCACAAUGAGCUGAUUAUCUCUGCUAUAUUCCAUACAAUUAGAUUUGUUCUUGCCUCAAGGCUUCAGUCUGAUUGGAUGUUAAUGCUGUAUUUUGCACAUACUCAUUUGACUGUGACAGUCACCAUUGGGUUGCUUUUGAUUCCAAAGUUUUCACAGUCAAGCAAUAACCCACGAGAUGACAUUGCUACGGAAGCGUAUGAAGAUGAGCUUGACAUGGGCCGGUCUGGAUCCUACUUAAACAGCAGUAUCAACUCAGCCUGGAGUGAGCACAGCUUGGAUCCAGAGGACAUCCGGGAUGAGCUGAAGAAACUCUAUGCCCAGUUGGAAAUAUAUAAAAGGAAGAAGAUGAUCACAAAUAACCCCCACCUCCAGAAAAAGCGGUGCUCGAAGAAGGGCUUAGGCCGUUCCAUCAUGAGGCGUAUAACCGAGAUCCCAGAGACGGUCAGCAGGCAGUGUUCCAAAGAGGACAAGGAAGUUGCAGACCACAGUGUGGCCAAAAGCACUGCCCUCAUCAGGAAGAACCCACAAGAGGCUUCAGGUAAUACUGGGAAACCCAAGGAGGAGUCCCUGAAAAACCGAGUGUUCUCCCUGAAGAAAUCCCAUAGCACUUACGAUCACGUGAGGGAGCAAACCGAAGAGUCCAAUAGCUUACCCACCGAAAGCCAAGAAGAGGAGGCGACAGAAAACUCCACACUGGAAUCCCUGUCAGGUAAAAAACUAACACAAGCGCUGAAAGAAAACAGUGAGGCCGAGUCCACGGAGUCUGUGCCUUUGGUGUGUAAGUCAGCAAGUGCUCACAACCUCAGCUCGGAGAAGAAGCCGGGGCACCCACGAACGUCCAUGUUACAGAAGUCUCUCAGUGUCAUAGCGAGUGCCAAGGGGAAGACGCUUGGAUUAGCUGGGAAAACCCAGACGUCAAGCGUGGAAGAACGUGCUAAAGCCCAGAAACCCCUGCCAAAAGAUAAAGAGACAAGCAGAAAACACUCAAAUUCUGAUAAUACAGAGACUAAAGAUUGUGCUCCCCAAAACUCCAGUCAUUUUGAGGAGCCCAGAAAACCUCAGAAAUCUGGGAUUAUGAAGCCACAGAGGGCCAACCACCCCACUGCCAAGUCUGACAUGAGUCCCGGCACCACCCAGAGGAAGGAUAACUUUGACGUAGGGGAAGUGUGCCCUUGGGAGAUGUACGACCUGACCCCUGGUCCUGUGCCUUCAGAAUCGAAAGUUCAAAAGCAUGUGUCUAUUGUGGCUUCUGAAACAGAGAAAAACCCACCAUUUUCCUCGAAGGAGACAUCUCACCCCAAGGCUAAGGCAGCUGACCUAUGUCAGCAAUCCAAUCAGAAGAGCAUAGACAAGGCUGCGGUCUGCCCUUGGGAGAGCCAAGGUCAGGCCCUUUUUGAAGAUGAGAAGCAUUUGAUGUCCAACACUCAGGUUCCCGCAGGGAGAGCAGCAGAGGAGAAUGGAAGUCAGCAUUCUGCAGCCAAUGUGUGUGCUGGGUCAUAUGAAGAACUGCCCCCCAAAGCUGUAGCAUCAAAAGUAGAGAGUGAAAAUCUCACCCAACUAGGAAACCAGGAGAAAAACCCAUCUUCCUCUAAGGAAAGUAGGCCUGGCACCUAUAACUCCAGUAAUAACUUUCAGCAACCCUUCAUGUCGCGAGCCGAGGUGUGUCCCUGGGAGUUUGAGACCCCCGAUGAACCAAAUGCUGAAAGAAGUGUAGCCUUACCUGCCUCUUCAGCUUUAAGUGCAAAUCUGAUAGCAGGGCCUCGGAAAUAAGAGGACUGGGACGCUUUUAACGUGUUGCAGCCCCAGAAGGAAAAGGAGAACGAAGAAACCCUGAAUUUAAUAUAAGACAGAAGAUGGAAGGAUCGAAAAUUCCCAAAGAGUAUUUGUCGCUGAGGGGAAGUGUGAAAUGCAUGGGUAGAAGAAGACUAAGGAGGGAAGAGCAACGUCAUCACGGAGAAGGUUCUUCCCCUGGUAACGUUAGGAAAAUCUUUACAUUUCGGCACGUUUAGAGGAAGUAGCCCUCAGUGUCUGCCCCUGAUCAAUAUUUACCCGUGGGACUUUGAAGAUCCUAAGCAAGGCGAACCAGAGGGCACAGAAGAGGUACGAGGUUUGCACAGAAGGGAUAGACAAAUAUGACCGAAAUUCAAAGUAGCUGACUGAAAGAACUUACUUUACCUAUUUAACCUGGAAGGCACUGCUUACUUAAUGCAUCCCCCAAAUACCUUUUAUAUUAAUGAUUGCUCUCAUUUUCUUACAAUUGUAUGUUUCAGUACAUUGUUGUGUCUCAUAGUCAAGCAUUCCAGAUUGUAUAAUUUUUGCAAAUAACUUUGAUAUUAUGUGACACAACACAUUUAUGCAAUCUGCAGCUAAUCAAUUGCUAUUGCAACUUACAGAAUACCUGCUAUCUAUCAACUUUAGUUGAUUCUCAAAGUACAGUAAGCUUUCUCUGGCUUGGGAAGUCAUACUGUUAUGAUAAAACCUUUUAGUUUGGGCUGUGGUUUAUAUAUUGUGAAUUUGGAUUAUUAUUUCACAUCAUGAUUUGUUCUACUGUCUCAAUCAGGGUUUUUUAUACACGUUGAGUUACUUGUUUUGCACUUGUUGUUAGGACUCAGAAGCUUUAUUACUAUCGGAGAUCGGUGGUCCUACAUAGUCAUAUGUCUCAGUAAGUUAAGGACAACUUAUCUAUUGUUUGUUUGAAGUCAGAGAUAGAUAAUGCCUUCAUUUCAAAGAAACCCGCCUUUUAACCCUUUCAGUAUUUCAUACUUAGCAGCAUUUCGUAAGGAAGAAGCUAAGAGUGAGAGAAAUAUACUGUGCAAUUACUAUUACCGUGCAAAAGAGAAGACUUUAGGAAUGUUGUGAGAAUUAUAGCAGUACUGCAGAACCAGGAAAUUUGCCUUUCAAAACAAAGACAGAAAAGGAGCUCCUGAUAGCACUUUCAAGGGAUUAUUUUUUUAAAGAGAAACAUUAUGAUAGCAUCAAGAUCAUUGGAUGAAUAUAUUUUUAUUGUGCAUACUGAAUAUAUAAUAUUUUAAAUGACCUUAAACUAUUUAUUCUCAUAAACUCUUACCCAUUCCUUCAGCUAGGGAUAGAACUUGCUGGGCUCAAAACCCAAAGAGAUUUAUAACCUGAUUUAUUCCAGGCCUAUCCGGUGGUACGGCAUCUUCCUUCUCCCAAACACUGGAAAACUCACCAGUCCUGCAAAUUGGCAUUCAGAGCCACCUAGCUCAAAAUUAAAAACACGAAGGUUUAUUUGCAAGGCAAAACAGCCCCCAAAAGCAUAUUUUAUAAGAUGUAUUGCGUUCCACACUGAUCAUUUGGCAUGAAAAUCCUGAACUGCCGACUUAGCCCUGCUGAUGUGAUCAUGCAAAGAGAUUCCAUUUCAAAGCUCAGUCUCAUUUUAUUUAAAGACAAAUCACUUAAAAAUAGAACCCAGACACCCCUUUUUCUCACGCUAAACGCUGAAGAUUCAAGGGCUUAUGUAGCCAGGACAUUCCAGCCUAAGUGACCUCUUCCUUGCAUGAGUAGCAAGAACAUACUAGGAGGAUAAAAGAUGAGAAAGGGAAUCAGAAGGUGGAUACAGGGCUGUUCUUAGAGACUGUCAUCCUCAGUGGAAGGGGAAAACUAAGACUUCUUAGUCAUCCUUCAAUUUUCUCAAUACUUUUUAUUCAGGAGUAAGUGAGCACUUCACCAUUUUGCAAAGCUGUGCACAAAUUCCCCUCCCCCAUUUCCUUGCUUUGUGCAUUACUCAGGUUGGUGGGGUAGGUUUGAAGAGACAGAAAUUCUAUUUUUGUGUGUGUUUCCUUCACUUAUUUCCUUCUUCCCGUCCUGUGUAAUCAAGGCCUAUCUACUUGGUAACCUCCGAAUGCAACUUCAAGGUCUAUUUGUAUACCAGUUUCCAGACCCACCUACUUGUUUAAUUUAUGUCUGAGAUCUGUCAGCACUUUAUUCACUUUUUGAGACAUAAGCAGUCAAGCAUCAAUGACUUUUUAUUGCACUUCAGGGUAAUCCUGCUAGACAUGUGGCUUAAAGAAGACUUGCCAAAUUAUACCUUAGUCCAUAGAUUUUCCUCCACCAGCAUAAAUCAGUAAGAGUGCCUAGGGUCUUUCCUAGAGUUUCAUUGCCAUUACUUAUCACCAAGAGAAGUUUAAAUCUACAGUUCUUGAGGCUAUUUUCCCAGAUUGAUAAUAAGAAAGUGAAUAGACACUGUGAAGGUCACAAACAUGUGCUAGGUUGUCCUUCUCGAUGCAUGUGCAGGCUGCAUCCUGUCCUUGUUUUUAAGCCAGGGUUUAUAAAUAAGUAGAUUUCUACCAAUCUUAAUAGAACUGUAUAUUUUAUGCAAGAAUUAAAUGCUUCACGACAUGAAUUAUAACUCAGCCCAUUGUAACCUUUGGUGGCGAUAUGGAUUUGAAACUCGACAGUUCUCUUGUAUUUGCUUCCUAGGUUUCUGCAUGCAAGUGAUGACAGGUAGGACUGAAAACACACUGCCUUUUGACUUCUAGCAUUUAGCAACCGAGAGUUGUAGAGUCGAUAAAGCUGUAAGUCUCUUCACUUAAUCUGUCGUUCUUCUGAAACUAUUAUCUGAAAUCUGUAGCAUCCCGCCAUGAACUAUUUGGUAAAUUUAUGUUGUGACGUGUUGCAGCAUGUAAAUAAUUAUAACUUCUCUGCAAUAAAACAUAUUUAUAUGAAAGUGA